CCUCCUCUUCUCCCCCCCCCAGUUCUUCUCUCUCCUCUCUUAACUACUUUGAUUUUUUUUUUAUAUCUUGUUAUUGCAGUCAUCUGCAACUCCUCUCGUUUUGGUUCUUCUCUCGAGAUCUUUUCUCUCACUUCCUGGUUGAUGCUGAGCUCUUUGAGUCUCUUCUCAUUCUGCACUAUUUCCUACGCUUUCUCCACUCGGGGCAUGUCUUUCGGCCAUUGUCACAUGCGCCGUAUGUAGGCGGCAAUUCCUGCCUUUUGAGCUUACAACUUUCUGUGCCCCUCAAUUCUGCUGACCUCAUUUAUUCUGCCCUGAUAUAUUAUUUUUCUUCUUCUUCACCUUGUCGUUUUUCUGGUUGUUUGCGAUCUUUGAUUCUCGGGGUGGGGAGCUUCCUGUCAACCUUUCAGCAUGCAGUACGUGCGAAGUAUCAGCGGCUCCGUCUCCAAGACCUGGAAUUCUAUCAAUCCGGCCACCUUGAGUGGAGCUAUCGAUGUGAUUGUGAUUGAGCAGGAAGAUGGGGCCCUUGCCUGUUCGCCGUUCCAUGUUCGAUUCGGCAAGUUCUCUCUGCUUCGUCCAUAUGAAAAGAAGGUGGAAUUCAAAGUCAAUGGAGUCAAGCAGGAUUAUUCGAUGAAGCUAGGAGAGGGUGGGGAGGCAUUUUUUGUCUUUGAAACAACAGACGAGAUCCCGGCCUCGCUGCAGACAUCGCCCUUGGUAUCACCAACUGCUAGUCCAAAAAUGCAGAGCGAGGAGAAUCUGGCACCCUCUCUUCAGGAACCAGAGUAUCUGGACCUGGAUCGAUCCGGAGGUCAGGCAUCUAGCCCCACCUUGAUCUCAAGGGCCGCUCGGGCCUCUAGUGAUUUGGGCGUCGUGACUCCGUUAUCCCAGUCUUCGGAUGAUUUUACUUUGGGCAGGCCCCGCCAGAACUCAUUCGGUGCGGAGCCGGCAAAAUUGGAUCGCGCGGUUUCCGAUGGUAUCCUGCCGGCUGGAGGUUAUGCUGCGACUGCCAGUGUAGCCGAUAAUUUCCGACUCCAGCGCUCUGGAUCCUCCGGUUCCAAUGACGACGCUGAUCGCUCCCGACGCUCUCAAAGCCCUCCCCUGUUAUCCCUCGAGGAGGCUGUCUCCCGUGCCACGUCUCUGUCGAAGAAACUUUCCGGGUCGAAUAUCCCGUCUCACGUCACCGAUACUGGUGAUCUGAUGCUUGAUAUGACUGGAUAUAAGAGCAAUGAGGAAGAUGCUCUCCGCGCGGAGGUCGUUGCCCGCAAAAUCCUCGCAGAGGAGCUGGAGGGCAAUUAUGACAUUGGAGCGCUAAUUGGGGCAGACGAGCACGGAAAUUUAUGGAUUUAUAGCAGUGAAGAGGCUAAGGAAGCGGCAAACCGUAGGGCGACUUUCAAUGCAAUGCGCCCCAGUUCUGCUAUGAGUGAGAAUGCGAUUUCCGAUCCCGGAUAUCACAGUGAUAGUGAUAAGUCCCUCCGAGAAACUUCUUUUCCAACUCGACAAUAUCGUGCGAAAUCCGAUGUUCAGCCUGGCUUUCCCACGCCACCACAGUCCCCUACCCAGGAUUCUAUACCGGCGGAGCCCGUUCGAAACUAUGCAAAGACGCUACGUCUCACGAGUGAUCAGCUCAAGGCGUUGAAACUAAAGCCUGGUGCCAACGAAAUGUCCUUCAGCGUGAACAAAGCUACCUGCACGGCCAGCAUGUAUCUAUGGAACGGCAACGUGCCCAUCGUCAUAUCGGAUAUUGAUGGGACUAUUACCAAAUCCGAUGCUUUGGGCCACGUUCUGAAUAUGAUCGGCCGAGACUGGACUCAUGCUGGUGUAGCCAAGCUGUACACUGAUAUCGUCAACAACGGCUAUAACAUCAUGUACCUUACCAGCAGAUCGGUUGGUCAGGCAGAUUUAACGCGGACGUAUAUUUACGGCGUUUGUCAGGAUGGAUAUCGUCUCCCCAAAGGCCCAGUUAUCAUGAGCCCCGAUCGGACUAUGGCGGCGCUUCGACGCGAAAUAUACCUCAGAAAGCCAGAAGUAUUCAAGAUGGCGUGCUUGAGAGACAUAUUGGGGCUUUUCAAUGGAAAAGAGAAUCCAUUUUACGCUGGAUUUGGUAACAGGCUUACCGACGCUCUUAGCUAUCGAUCUGUGAACAUCCCUUCUACUCGGAUAUUCACUAUCAACUCAAAUGCCGAGGUUUCCCUCGACCUUCUGAGUCUAACUAAAUACAAGAGCAGCUACGUUACGAUGAGAGAGCUCCUCGAUCACUUCUUUCCUCCAGUCAGCUUGCUGGUUCAAGCUGGCGGCGAAAACUAUACGGACUUUACCUAUUGGAGGGAUGUCCCACAAGACUUGGACGACUUCUCAACCACCGACAGUGAGAAUGAAGAUCAGGGAGAGGAAGAGGAAGACUAUGACGGCGAAUCGAGCGAAGAAGAUGGUAGCGACCUGGACGAUGAGGAAGCUACCGAGGAAGAUCUUGGCGCAAGCUAUAUUUCACAAGAUUCGACUGACGGAUAUGAUGGGCCAAGUAUGCGUUUGGAAGAUGCGGAGGAAGUGGGAGCACCUGUUGUUACAGCUAGCCCAAGGGACUCAACUCCGUCUACGUACAAGUCUGCUCGUUCCGAUGAGGACUAAGCCUCCUCGAUUGCUUCAACAUCAUAUUGGAUAUAUUUGGCGAUCUUUCCGCACGGCGUUUCCCUCAGCUUAUAGAUACCCCUCCUGGGUAGGAUUCUUUUCUUUGACAGCCCCCUGGGAUAAUGUUUUUCUUUGCACUCAACCCGCAUGAUAGGCGUUUGCCCUGGUUGCAUAUAUGCAUUACGUAUUAUUAUUAUUAUUGUUGUUGGGGUUGUUAUUAUUGAGUUGAAGAAUGCUAGGCUAGAUAAUAUACUGUAAGAUAGAAUUGAAUGUGGUUAUUAUUUCAUUUGAAA